AUGGCCCGAACCCCUGUUUACUUCCUCUCCCACGGCGGUCCAAACAUCAUGGAAGAUUACGACCAUCCAGCGUAUAGCAAGCUCCAGGAAAUCGGCCGUGAGAUAACGCAAAAGGUCAAGCCGAAAGCUGUAGUCGUAUUUUCCGCGCAUUGGCAAGGGUAUCGAGAUACCAUCGAAGUCAACACCGCCGAGUCCCAAGGCCUGAUAUACGACUACUACGGCUUCCCGGCGCAUUAUUACGAAUUUCAAUACCCCAAUAAAGGAAGCCCGGAACUGGCUGAGAAGGUCCUCGGUUUGUUGCAAGAUGCUGGCAUCAAGGCAGAAGGCGUGCGAAGAGGGCUGGAUCAUGGCGUCUUUGCCCCUUUCAAAUGUGCUUUCGACCCGGAGAAGAAUCCCCUGAAUGUGCCGAUCGUCCAGGUAUCGCUGUUUGACAUUGAAGAUCCGAACAUGCACUAUGCGCUGGGCAAGGCCAUUGCUUCGCUGCGUGAAGAUGGCGUCCUGAUCAUAGCGUCCGGUAUGGCUGUACACAACUUGCGUGACUUGGGACGCACCAUGGGAAGGCCUGGUGCAACAGAGUACGCCUAUUCCUUUGACCAAGCGUUGAAGGAUGCAGUAGAACAGCCGCCAGAAGCACGCCAGAAAGCGAUGGAGGAGCUCUUAAAUCGUAAAGAUGCCAGGAGAGCUCAUCCAACAUUUGAGCACUUGCUUCCAAUUCACAUCGCGGGUGGCGCGGCCCAUGACGAGGAAGGCAAGAGAUUCUGGACACUGCCGCAGGGAAGUAUGUCUUGGGCCCAGUACCGUUUUGGCGAGAUUGCAGCGGCCACAUAA